GGGCGACGAGUCUCUAGUCGAUAUGGCGAGCGGUAAGAGAAGCGCCCUUCUGUCGUCUUUAGCCGCGUAUGGAGACGAUUCGGAGCCGGACUCAGAGCCAGACACCGACGAACACGAGGCUCAUGGUAGUUUGGUGUCGGCGGGUUACGGAGACGAUGACGCGGGCCGAGCUGAAGACGGGGACGAGAGAGACUCUGGGAACGAAGAGAGCGAGGAGAACGACGGAAACUCGGAAGUGGACGAUUCCGAUUCGGCUGAACCUCAAGAUGAUUCAAAGGAUGUUCUAACUGGUGAGAAGGAUCCUAAUGAGUUAGUUGCUCAGUUUUCAGAGAAAGUGAGGAACAUGUCUCCUGAGGAAAUACGAAUUCCUCCUGAACCCCCAGGACGCUGCUCCACCCAUCUGCAGGAGAAGAUUUACAAACUGUAUGAGAGGAAGCUGCACGGAGACUUUGACACCAACAGCCACAUACAGAAGAAGAAGGAGUUCCGGAACCCCAGUAUUUACGAGAAACUGAUCCAGUUCUGUGGUAUUGAUGAACUCGGGACAAACUACCCAAAGGACAUGUUUGAUCCUCACGGCUGGGCCGAGGACUCUUAUUAUGAAGGCUUGGCCAAAGCUCAGAAAAUUGAGAUGGAAAAACUCGAAAAAGCCAAAAAAGAGCGAACAAAGAUUGAGUUUGUGACGGGAACAAAGAAAGGCACGAGUACGAACGCCACCGCUGUGACCACCAACACAACCAACACCACCUCCACAGACGCUCAGAAGAGGAAGAGUAAGUGGGACUCUGCGGUUCCGGUCACUCUGUCUCAGCCGGCCCUGCUCACCACCACGGCCACACUCCCCGGCGUCGUCUCCGUCACCACCACCGCCAGCGGCACCAAGACCACCGUCAUCUCCGCCGUGGGCACCAUCCUGAAAAAAGCCAAGCAGUGACCUCACACUCGCACACCGGGGCCGUCCUUCUAUGGAUCGUUUUCCCUUGGCUAAGAAACACACUGUAGUGGGCGGAGCUCUGUGUUUAACUCCUCCUCAUCAGACUUCUUCAUUAUCGGAUGAAUCGGUUCUCACGCCCGCGGUCCGACCUUCUGCGUCUCUCUCGCGCCUGGCAUUCGGGAUCUCUCUUUUUAAAUCAUUUGUUUUUGUUUUUAAACACUUCACUUUUCCCAGCUGGCCUUGUGGUCGUCUUCAUCAUCCUCAUCUGAACUUCAUUGUAUGUGUAACACACUGAGCUGCAUCCCUGCGUCAUUCAGUGUUUAUUAUUUUAUGCAGUGUUUAGUGUCAGUCAGCCAUUCAUUCCUGAUUUAAAUAAAAAUAAACUUUUUGUA